ACAGAGCCCACCACCAUCAAACUUCAACCUCAUUAACAACUAUUCCUUCAUCACGUAGAAACACCAAAACGCCCAUCUGAGAAGAGGGAGGGAGAGAGAGAGAGGUCACGAGAUCACUCGCCAGCACGUCUCGUGAUCCUAUCCAAUCCCCACUCCCAAAUCAUGCCGAUCGAGCUACUCAAAUGGCUGUGGGAGCAGCCCCUCGCCUCCUUCCCCAAUUCCCUCCGCAACUCCAUCGUCCAAUGCUUCAUGAUCGUCCUCCUCUUCAUCGACCGCCUCCUCUCCUUCGUCUCCACCGAGUUCGCCCGCCUCUUCGGCCUCCGCCAGCCCUGCCUCCUCUGCCCCCGCCGCCCUGCUGACCUCUACUACGACGACUCCAUCUGCGACGCCCACAAGCGCCACGUCUCCUCCCUCGGCUUCUGCGCCGUCCACUCCAAGCUCUCCGACAUCCGCUCCAUGUGCCACGUCUGCAUUGUCUCCUUCGCCACCGAGAAGGAUUCCGACUGCGACAAGUAUAAGGCCGUCGCCGCCAUCCUCAACAAGGACAUUGACCGGAUUGUGGAUGACGACCGCCGCGCUGCCCUGCUCCGCCGCCUUAAGAAGGAUGACGACGAUAAGGGAGCGGGAGCCGAUCCCAAUUUGUGGUGCUCUUGCUGCGGGGAGCCCCUCAAGCUCAGGGCUUCCAAGAAGUUUCUCAGGAGUUUGUCGACCAGGUCCCCAGUUUCGUCUCCAAGGCUGUCGUGGCUGGCCAAUAAGAACGAUGAGACGCCUCGGUCGAGGUACCUGGAGCUGGAGGCGCCAAAGAAUGAUGCAGCACUCACACCAUUCUUGCAAGACGACCCUAACAGAACUCCUAAAUGGCAGAUGAGCAGGAGCAGCAAGAAACUAAAUUUUGACAAAGUGGAUUCUCCUGUUAUGCCCUUGGACAUAAUAAGCCCUCUCAACGAGGUGGACAGCAACGUUCUCACUCGUCUCAAGCAGCAAGCAAAUCUCGACCAUGACUCCCUCAUGGCGAUGUACAUGGAGCUGGACAACGAGAGGAGCGCUGCUGCUGUGGCCGCCAACAAUGCAAUGGCUAUGAUCACUCGGAUCCAGCAGGAGAAGGCAGCUAUCCAGAUGGAAGCGCUUCAGUACCAGAGGAUGAUGGAGGAGCAGGCAGAGUACGACGAGGAGGCCUUGGACUUCAUGAGAGACAUGCUGAUCACCAAUGAAGAUGACGUCAAAGCUCUCGAGUCUGAGCUUGAGGCCUACAGGGUGAAAUACGGGCCUAUCGGGAAGUAUGGUAGCGACGUUUGUGAAUUUGAUACUGAUGAGGAUUUCACGGAGAUGUAGUCUCACUCGUCGUGUUUAAGUGAGAAAUUGUCAGACAUGGUGGUGCAAUGAUUGACAUGUUCAGGUCACGGGCGCUUUCCUUGCAGGCUGGACGAGCCAGAAGGCAGCUUUUCCUUCUGACCAUGCAAAACCUAGAUAUAUAGUCUUAUGAUGAUAGGCAGUAUGCAGUAAAUGAAAAUGGUGAUGUGCACACCACAUAUGCAAAGUUUAGGGUUUUUACAUGCUUUUGACUAUCUGUGUAGCUAUGAAUGAAGACAUAGAUAGUAAAGAAGGGCAUAUAAUGCUAAUAGCUAGUUUAUAUGUCUUUUUAGCUAGAGAACAGAAAAGGGCUCUUACAUUACAAUGUAAACUACUAAAGGAUCCAUCUUAUUUUUACUGGAAUCAUUUCAAAAGACAAA